AUGAAGAGGAACUACCACCCACUCUCACAGGAACUACUGCCCACUCUCACAGGAACUACCACCCACUCACAGGAACUACUGCCCACUCUCACAGGGGUAGCAGCCACUCACAGGAACUACCACCCACUCACAGAACUACCACCCACUCACAGGAACUACCACCCACUCUCACAGGAACUACCACCCACUCUCACAGGAGCCACCUGCCCACUCUCACAGGAACUACCACCCACUCUCACAGGAACUACCACCCACCUCACAGAACUACCACCCACCUCACAGGAACUACUGCCCACUCUCACAGGAACUACUGCCCACUCACAGAACCACCACUCACAGAACUACUGCCCACUCUCACAGGAACCACUGCCCACUCUCACAGGAACUACCACCCACUCUCACAGGAAUUACCACCCACUUUCACAGAACACCACCCACUUCACAGGAACUACCACCCACUCUCACAGGAACUACCACCCACUCUCACAGGAACUACCACCCACUCUCACAGGAACUAUCACCCACUCUCACAGGAACUACCACCCACUCACAGGAACUAUCACCCACCUCACAGAACUACACCACCUCACAGGAACUACCACCCACUCACAGAACUACCACCCACUCACAGGAACUACCACCACCACAGGAACUACCACCCACUCACAGGAACUACACCACUCUCACAGGAACACACCACCCACUCUCACAGGAACUACUGCCCACUCUCACAGGAACUACCACCCACUCUCACAGGAACUACUGCCCACCUCAGAGGGGAACCACUGCCCACUCUCACAGGAGCUACCGCCCACCUCACAGGAACCACUGCCCACCUCACAGGAACUACCACCCACUCACAGGAACUACCACCCACUCUCACAGAACUACCACCACUCUCACAGGAACACCACACCCACUCUCACAGGAACCACUGCCCACCACAGGAACUACCGCCCACUCACAGGAACUACGCCCACUCUCACAGGAACUACUGCCCACUCUCACAGGAACUACUGCCCACUCUCACAGGAACUACCGCCCACUCUCACAGGAACUACCACCACUCUCACAGGAAUUACCACCCACUUUCACAGGAACUACCACCCUCACAGGAACUACCACCCACUCUCACAGGAACUACCACCCACCUCACAGGAACCAUCACCCACUCACAGGAACUACCACCCACUCUACAGGAACUACCACCCACUCUCACAGGAACUAUCACCCACCUCACAGAACUACCACCACCUCACAGGAACUACCACCCACUCCUCACAGGAACUACCACCCACUCUGAGAACUAUCACCCACUCUCACAGGAACUACCAAUUCUAG